GGGGUGGGGUGGCGCCGUGUAGAUUAGAUGAAGAGAAUGGGUGUUGAUGAAAUUUAGGGACCGAAAAAUGGAUAUCCCUCCAAUGGAGCGGAAUGAUGCGGUGAACCACGCUGAGGGACUGGUUUGUAUAAGUAUCGCACUGGUUACCAUGGUGUAAAAAUCAUCGCAAUCAUCAGCAUUCGAUACCAACCAGUACAUUCGCUUCCAACUCUUUACAUUCACUUCUUUUGAACAUAUUCAUCCUCUUUUCAUCAACAUGAAGGCCUCAAUCAUCCUCUCUCUCCUUGCGCCCCUGGUGGUCGACGCCCACUACAUCUUCAACCGUCUUAUGGUCAACGACCAGGCCAUCGGUGGUGACUAUGCUUACACCCGCAAGAACACCAACACGUACAUGCCCUCGUUCACCAGCGAGAUUGUGAACUCUCCCGACCUUCGCUGCAACAAGGGCGCUAAGGCUGGUGGUGUUCCCACCUACGCCGUCAAGGCUGGCGACAAGAUUGGCUUCAAGCUCGCCUACAACGAGAAGAUCGAGCACCCCGGUCCUGGAUUCGUCUACAUCUCCAAGGCCCCUAGCAGCGUUGCCAACUACGACGGCAGCGGUGACUGGGUCAAGGUCAUGGAGAGCGGCCUCAAGAACCCCAGCCAGCCCGGUGUCGACACUGCCUGGGACAGCUGGCAAAAGGACCGCCUUGAGUGGACCAUCCAGAAGAACAUUCCUGCUGGCGAGUACCUCGUCCGCGUUGAGCACAUCGCCAUCCACGAGGGCCACGUCGGCAAGGCUCAAUUCUACAUGGAGUGCUUCCAGCUGAAGAUUGCCUCUUCCGGCACCGGCAACCCGUCUCCCAAGGCCAAGAUCCCCGGUAUCUACAGCGCUAACGAUGCCGGUAUUGCCUUCAACAAGUGGAACAACCCCAAGUCCUACACCAUGCCCGGCCCCAAGAUGUGGAACGGACAGUAA